AUGCCAUGCCAGCGGCCUGGGCAGCAGGGGCAUCCACCUGCCUUUCCAGUCCUGGCAGGGUGCCGCAGUGGGGCCAGGGGCUGCGCUUAUCUGCCAAGGCCGGGGCGCACAAGGCCAGCGCCUGGGCCAUUCCCAGCACCCCCUGCCCGCAUCUCAGCCGUGUGCCUGCCCAAGGCCUCCAACAACUUCCCCAGUGGCCUCACGUGCGUCACCACAACCUGGGGCCUCACCGACCCCACAAGUAAGGUGCUGCCGGCGCUGCUGCAGCAGGUGGCCCUGCCGCUGCUCACCAACGCGCAGUGCAAGGAGUAUUGGGGCUUCCGCAUCGUUGACGUGAUGGUGUGUGCGGGCGCCAACGGCGCCUCCUCCUGCAUGGGAGACUCCGGGGGCCCGCUGGUGUGCCAGAAGGACGGCGCCUGAACCCUGGUGGGCAUCAUGUCAUGGGGCAGCAGCAGCUGCUUGCCCUCACUGCCCAGCGUCUAUGCCCGCGUCACCAAGCUGCGCUCCUGGAUCAACUCCAUCCUGGCAGCCAACUGA